UGAGUGCUGUUAUUUUGUCACUUGCCAUUGCCUGGGGCCACCUUCUGGCUGAUAGCGAAACUGAGGAAUCGAGGUCUUCAUCUUCUGAAAUUUUGAGACUCUUGGGUUCUCCAAUUCAGUGCAUCUUCUGAUUAGGCUUCACAUUUUCUUCAUCAAAGUCUUCAUAUUUUAACUCAAGGUAUAUUCAUCCAAAGUUGGCUUUGUUUUUGGUUUUGUAUCUCUGUGAAGCACAGCUUUUUCUAUUGAUUGAUUAUACUUUUGAUCUCUCUUGAAAUGGGUAAGAAUCAAAGUUAGCUUUUGAAGGAGCAGAUUUUUUUUUUUAUUGUCAUUAUGAUGAUGAAAAAAUAUAAAUGAUUCUGGGUUUUGAAACCCUUGGAUUAAAAUCUAAAGUGCGGGAAAGGAGUGUUCUGAAGAUUUAUGAUGUUGCUGAGUGAAGUUUUUUUCGAUAUUAUAAGGUAAAAAGGAAAAGUUUUCGGUUUUAAAAUCCGAUAAGUGAGGUUUUUGAUUCUGAGAGCGAGAGGUUUUCUUCAUAUUGUUCAGUGUUGAGUUUUUCUGUGUGUCAUUAUGGAGAAGCAAAACAGUUUCACCGCUCCAAAGAUGCAGAAGCAAAACAGUUUCACCGCUCCAAAGAUGGAGAAUCAGAGCAGUUUUAAGGCACCCAAGAUGGAAAAACAGCGGAGUUUUCAUGGUAUAACCAUUGAGAGACAGCCAAGUGCGAUGAAGGCGUUGGAAAAGCAGCAGAGUUUUCGUACUGUCACGUUUGAAAAGCAGCCAGCCAGGCAUGAGGGGAUCGAAAAACAGAAUUUAAGUAUCAAAAAACAGAAUUUGAGUAUUGAAAAACAGGCAAAUAGUUGUGGGGUGAUGGAGAAACAGAAGAGUUUUCGUGGGUUUUUGGAAAAGCAGAAGAGUUUUCGAAUGGUGAUGGAGAGGCAGUUGAGUUUUAUGGGUGGUGGUGAGAGGAGGAAGAACAAGGAUUCGCCGGGAAAAAGAGGUGACUUGCAGCUGCAUUUGGCUGCUCGGGCAGGUAAUUUAAGCAGAGUUAAGGAAAUUCUGCAGAACUGUGGUGAAAGUGAUUCAAAGGAGUUGUUGUCAAAGCAGAAUCAAGAAGGAGAAACUCCCCUAUAUGUGGCUGCUGAGAAUGGGCAUGCUUUGGUUGUUGGAGAGAUGUUGAAGUAUAUGGACCUUGAAAUUGCAUCCAUAGGGGCUAGGAAUGGAUUUGAUCCAUUUCAUGUGGCAGCAAAGCAGGGUCAUCUUGAUGUUUUGAAAGAACUUUUGAGUGUAUUUCCCAACUUGGUUAUGACCACAGACUUAUCCUGCACAACUGCUUUACACACGGCUGCUGCUCAAGGGCACAUUGAUGUAGUUGAUUUCCUUCUAGAAACUGACUCAAACCUCGCUAAGAUAGCCCGGAAUAAUGGCAAGACUGCCCUCCAUUCUGCAGCAAGGAUGGGUCAUGUGGAAGUUGUGAAAUCCCUGCUAGGCAAGGACCCAAGCACUGGUUUUAGGGUUGAUAAAAAAGGCCAAGCUGCAAUACACAUGGCUGUAAAAGGGCAAAAUGAGGAGAUUGUGCUGGAAUUAGUUAAGCUUGGCCCCUCAGUGUUAACUUUGGGAGAUAACAGGGGAAAUACUGCAUUGCAUAUUGCCACACAGAAGGGCCGUAAUCAGAUUGUGUGUUGUUUAUUACCAGUUGAGGGUAUAGAUGUCAAUGCAUUAAACAAGGCUGGAGAGAGCCCUCUAGAUAUUGCUGACAAACUUGGAAAUCAAGAACUUGUUGCUGUGUUGAAGGAAGCAGGAGCCAUCCACUCUAAAGAUUGUGGAAAGCCCCCAAAUUCAGCAAAGCAACUAAAGCAGACUGUUAGUGACAUAAAACAUGAUGUUCAGUCCCAGCUUCAACAGACCCGUCAAACUGGAUUCAAGGUCAAGAAAAUCGCAAAAAACUUGAAGAAGCUUCACAUAAGUGGACUCAAUAAUGCAAUAAACUCGGCAACUGUUGUCGCUGUUCUCAUUGCUACUGUUGCUUUUGCUGCCAUCUUCACUGUUCCUGGACAGUAUGUUGAAGAAAAAUCAGGUGGAGAUUCCCUUGGACAAGCCCACAUAGCAAGAAAUGCAGCUUUCAUCAUCUUUUUCGUGUUUGACAGUCUAGCUUUAUUCAUCUCCCUGGCUGUUGUUGUAGUCCAGACAUCAGUUGUUGUUAUUGAAGAAAAAGCAAAGAGGCAGCUUGUUUUUGUGAUCAACAAGCUCAUGUGGUUGGCUUGCGUCUUCAUUUCAGUCGCUUUUAUUUCUCUCACUUAUGUGGUAGUAGGCAAGCAUUCCAGGUGGCUUGCUGUGUCUACUACAAUGAUAGGCAGUACAAUAAUGCUCACAACAAUCGGCUCUAUGUGCUAUUGCGUUGUUAUGCAUAGAAUGGAGGAGAAAAAACUGAGGAACAUAAGGAGAGAAAAGAGCAGGUCCCAUUCUUUUUCUGUGUCUAUGGUUUCGGAAGAGGAGAUUUUGAACAGUGAACACAAAAGAAUGUAUGCCCUUUAAGACCUUAGAAUUUGGGAAAAAUAAGGAUAGUGAGGUGUGGUAUUCCUCAUUCACAUUUUGGAAUAACUAUUUGCUGCUCCCUCUAUUGUAGCUAAUAUAUAGUUCUAAGUACUUGAGCCAAUGCUCGGCAUAUGAUUAGAUUAAACUUGCAUUUGCCUUCAGGCAAGUUGAAGGAGAGUGGUGUCAAUGUGAUUCUAGAUAUCAUUCACUUAAGCUGGAUGCUAGCUUUUGCUUGGAAGUUUCAGCAAAAGAGGUGACUCAAUUUCCUUCCCCUAGUGCCCUAUCAAUUUAGCCUGACAUGAGAUCAAGACUUGAAUAUGAGUCCAUAAAGCUAGUUACAGACAUGGUGGAAGCAACCUGAGAGCUGGUAAUGGAUGCAAAGGAAAGCUUUUGAGUUCUUACAGAAUUCAUCCUGUGUUGAAAUGUUGUAAUGGUAUAUGAUAUGCUCAUAGUGAAUUAAGAUUAGCUUCCCCAUUGGAAAUGCUCUCAUGUAAGUUCAUUUUCAUUGCAAGAUUUAGUUCAACAUGCCAA